UCCUUGAGAAAGACAAACACAUUGAAGAGAACUAAUAACAUUUAACUCAACCAAAAAAAUGAGGAAACCAGAGGUAGCCAUUGCAGCUAGUACUCAUCAAGUAAAGAAGAUGAAGAAGGGUCUAUGGUCUCCAGAGGAAGACUCAAAGCUUAUGCAAUACAUGUUAAGUAAUGGACAAGGAUGUUGGAGCGAUGUUGCGAAAAACGCAGGCCUUCAAAGAUGUGGCAAAAGCUGCCGUCUUCGUUGGAUCAACUAUCUUCGUCCUGACCUUAAGCGUGGUGCUUUCUCUCCUCAAGAAGAGGAUCUCAUCAUUCGCUUUCAUUCCAUCCUCGGCAACAGGUGGUCUCAGAUUGCAGCACGAUUGCCUGGUCGGACCGACAACGAGAUCAAGAAUUUUUGGAACUCAACAAUAAAGAAAAGGCUAAAGAAGAUGUCUGAUACAUCCAAUCUCAUCAACAACUCAUCCUCAUCCCCCAACACAACAAGCGACUCCUCUUCUAAUUCCGCCUCUUCUUUGGAUCUUAAAGACAUUAUAGGAAGCUUCAUGUCCUUACAAGAACAAGGCUUCGCCAACCCUUCCUUGACCCACAUACCAAGCAACAAUCCAUUUCCAGCGGCAAACAUGAUCAGCCACCCGUGCAAAGACGAUUUUACCCCUUAUGUAGAUGGUAUCUAUGGAGUAAACGCAGGGGUACAAGGAGAUCUCUAUUUUCCACCUUUGGAAUGUGAAGAAGGUGAUUGGUACAAUGCAAAUAUUAAUAACCACUUAGAAGAGCUGAACACUAAUGGAUCUGGAAGCGUACCUGAGAGUAUGAGACCAGUGGAAGAAUUUUGGGACCUUGACCAGUUGAUGAACACUGAGGUUCCUUCGUUUUACUUCAACUUCAAACAAAACAUAUGAAUAUUUUUACGUCAUCUUAUUCUUUUUUUCUGUUGCGGAUUUAUACUCGAGAUUCUUAGCCACACACAUAAAUGCAAAUAUACAUACAUUGUUAUU